GGCAGCCGUGGUCCGUAGACCGACGGAGCGAUCUGAGAAUCGGGGUUGAGGGUUAAAGGGGGAGCGUGUCUAGUGGGACCCGUGGCCCCGAAGAAGCGAGGCGAGGCGACACGGAUCUCUCCCUAAAACCCGGAGGACAAGGGACAAGGAAGGGCCGGGGCCGCCAGCCGUUGCUAGGCGCCUUUCGGUGACGCAGCCGCCACGCGAUGACGCGCUGACCGGCCGCGGCCUCCACGUCUCAGGUUCCGCAAAGGCCUGUGGGAGCGACCGGGGAGAAGGAGGGCCAAGAUGGCGGAAGCGGCGGAGUCUCCAGGAGACCCGGUGACAGCAUCGUCCAGGCCCCUGUUUGCAGGCCUUUCAGAUAUAUCCAUCUCACAAGACAUCCCCGUGGAAGGAGAAAUCACCAUUCCUAUGAGAUCUCGCAUUCGGGAAUUUGACAGCUCCACAUUAAAUGAAUCUGUUCAGAAUACCGUGAUGCGUGAUCUAAAAGCUGUUGGGAAAAAAUUCAUGCAUGUUUUAUACCCAAGGAAAAGUAAUACUCUUUUGAGAGAUUGGGAUUUAUGGGGCCCUUUGAUCCUUUGUGUGACACUUGCAUUAAUGCUUCAAAGAGGCUCUGUAGAUAGCGAAAAAGAUGGAGGGCCCCAGUUUGCAGAAGUGUUUGUCAUUGUCUGGUUUGGUGCAGUUACCAUCACCCUCAACUCAAAACUUCUUGGAGGAAACAUAUCUUUUUUUCAGAGCCUCUGUGUGCUGGGUUACUGUAUACUUCCCUUGACAGUGGCAAUGCUGGUUUGCCGGCUGGUACUUUUGGCCGAGCCAGGACCAAUAAACUUCAUGGUCCGGCUUUUUGUGGUGAUCGUGAUGUUUGCCUGGUCUAUCGUAGCCUCUACAGCUUUUCUUGCUGACAGCCAGCCUCCAAAUCGCAAAGCCCUUGCCGUUUAUCCUGUUUUCUUGUUCUAUUUUGUUAUCAGUUGGAUGAUUCUCACCUUCACUCCUUAGUAAAUCAGAGAGUGGAAAUUAAAAACCAGUGAAUUGAAGGCUCAUCUGAAAAAUGCAAUGGAGCUUUGCCUCUGGCCCUCUUUUGUCUAGUUUUGGAAGUAUUUGGUAACUGGGUAUCUGAGGAGAUUAAAAGGGAGCCAUGAAGCACCGUUGCCACUUAUGUAAGGAACUGAUGUUUGAAAGGUUGUUCUUUUCCUCUUAAUGUUAUUUCUUUAAGAUACAUGUGCAUAGUACACACAGUAUAAUGUCUUCUUAAGGCAUGAUGGAGUCACCAUGGUCCAUUUGGGUGACAACCAAUGACUCGAAAGCACAUGGAUGCAUCCUAUAAGUUGAAUAGAGUUGGUAGCUAUAUUUUCAGUUUUGAGAAUACCAGUUCAGGUGCAGCUCUUAAACACAUUGCCUUAUGACUGUUAGAAUAUGCCUCUCUUAUGAAUAAGAAUGGAUAAUCUGUAUCCAUUUUCUUUUAUUACUCUCUUCAGCUUAAAAAGGCAAUGACAGAGGUUGGGAGGGGGAUUCAUAGAUGUGAGAGGAGAAAACAUGCAUUAACCAAUAUUCAGAUUUUGAUCAGAGAAAGUUCUGCACUUGUUGCUUUAAAAA